CCUCCCUGUGUCACCGCCUGCGUCAGACCAGAGACGCCAGGAGGGAGUUUUCCACUGACGAAAAAGGCUGCGCUGCUCGGCAGUCUGCUACAGACAAGGGGAGCGCUUCAGCUGGUACGGAGCCUCCGUAUACGGCGGACUCACACACAGACAAUAGCAACAAAAAAAAACCAAGAGCCGUGGAGCCUGUAUGCGGGGUUAAAGCGCUCCUAUUUAUCCGUGCCAUUUUGGAUUACUUCCACUAUUAUCCCUUUCGGGUGUGAAACCCUAAGCGAGAUUUUGUCACUGAUGGUGAUCGGAUACGCGAUUUGCUGAUCGUUCGUGUUGGCGCCAUGAGUGGGCUUCUCAAGAGGAAGUUUGAGGAGGUGGAUGAGGACCCCUGCUACUCCUCGCCCUCCUCCUUCUCCUCUGCCUGCUCAGGCUGGGACUCAGAGGGGGAGAGCUGCUACUCAGACACCCUCGAUUCCACUCCCAGCAACCCCAGCUCCCCGGCAACACAUUUCAACACAACAUCAAUUCUGAAGAAAUCCAAGAGAGCACGACGGAGUAAUGUGACCUUCGACCAGGUGACGGUGUUCUUCUUCCCUCGGUGCCAAGGCUUCACCAGUGUUCCCAGCCGGGGAGGAUGCACUCUGGGCAUGAUGCAGCGCCACAGCGUGCUCCAAACGUACACGCUGGCUGAGUUUGCCGUAGAGCAGCGGCUGUUACGGCAGGAAAAAUUCCUCAACAGACUCAGGGAGGAAAAGCUGGAGGCUCUCAAGCUGAAGCUGACAAAGAAUGGAACUCAAGAAUGCGAAGAGGCAGAGCGGCUAACAGUGGACGACAUCCCUGAGCAGGACAUCGACAUCAGUGGGACAAACUUGGACGAGGGUUCCUUCCUCCAGCCUUACCCACCCAAAAGUCGCUACGCACUCCUCAAAGAAGCUGGGGUGAAGAAGAUCGACAAGGAGGAGAAAAGGCAGCUGCACGACCUGAGGAUCUCCAGGGAGAACUGCGGCUGCGACUGUCAGGGGUUCUGUGAGCCGGAGACAUGUAGCUGCAGCCUGGCUGGCAUCAAGUGCCAGAUGGAUCAUUCCUCUUUCCCAUGUGGCUGCACCAAGGAUGGCUGUGGAAACACAGAGGGUCGCAUCGAGUUCAACUCCACCAGGGUACAGACGCAUUACAUCCACACAAUCAUGAAGUUGGAGUUGGAGAAGAGGCUGGAGGAGCAGUCUAGCACUGAGGAAGAGGAGGACGAAAACACAGCAGGGGCCAACACCUUACCAGCAGUGCCCUCUUUUCCCUUUAGCUCCGAGCAGGCAGCAGCCGGGGAGAACAGCUGCAGUAGUGAUAUGACAGACUCUGACUCUUCGGGUCAGAGCGAGUACUCCGAAGGAGGCGAGGGCCUGUGUGAGAAUCGCACCCAGCUGGACGUCGAUGAGAAAGGCUUGAGCCGCAUUCUUAGUUUCAGCGAUACAGAGAACUGCUCGAGAAGCAGCAGGGACAACGGGGACCGUAUAGACAUUUGCUGCCAAGAUCAACGGCAAGAACAGCAACUGCAGCAGCCGACUACGGAGGCUUUCCAUAGCUUUAGCAUGGUGGAUUUUGCGGAUGAAAAUGACAAUAUAGACGCUGCUUUGUUGGGCGAUCACACAGACAAUCGAGCAAUGGCCAUCUCAGAACUUUUAGAUGAGAAUGCAAACCAAGGCAAUGCUCUAUUUCAUAGCAGCAGCGUACCACGAACGCCAUCACCCACUGUGGAUCGCUCUGCAAGCUACAACAUGGACCUAAGUCUCUCAUCAGAGUCCGAUCUAGAGUUCUUCGAUGGUUUCCCCUGCUUGGGACCCAGCUCACUAUACAACUCCCUCAAGGAGUACGAGCACAUGGACAACUUUUUCCAGUUUCAGUUGCCUAGUUACCCCAGUCUCCCUCCAGUGAGCGACCCAGGGACGUGCCUCCUGGAGUCGCUCAUUGGCCUUUCAGAAUCCGUCCCAGAACCCCCUGCAACAUUUACGGACAAUCAGCUGUUGGAGGAAGCCAUGAAACUGUCUGUGAUGGAGUCUGUGAAAGUUUGACAAAAACAUGUGGACAGUGGGGGAAAAAAAAAAGAACAGGGGGUUUCUUUGGGAGGGGACUGAACAUGCACAUAAGAAGUUGAUUUAUGAGGAAGCUGUGAUUCCCUCUUGCCUGAAAAAAAUGUUCAAAUUCCAGACUUGCCUUCAAAACGUUAGCAAAGCAUUGUGGGAUUAUUGCUGUGUGAGAUGGCAGCUAGUGUUAAAAGAUAAAAGAAGAUAAAAUCGAUUCAACCAGGCCCAUAGAAACCAAUGAUGGCUCUCAAUUCCUAAGAAAGCUCUUUUAACCAAACCAAGAUCACCAACCUUUAUUCUAAGCAGUAAUCUUUAACCAGAACUGGGGCCAGGUUGAGAAUCUCAACGCAGCUGAAUGUGCACCUCAGGGAUUUUUUCUAGCUUUCUAGCUUUUGGAGGCAAUGUAUGGUGACCAUUGCUGUGAUGGCCUUCAUAUAAAAACCAACAUAGUCCGGUUUUGUGUCCUUAAGUCGGUCAGGUCCCCCCCCCCCUGUGUUGAAUCAUGAAGCUAGCAGACUCUUUGCCCUUUGGAAAAAGCCUAGUACUCUUUCUCCCGAGGUGUAUGGUAGGUAUAUAUGGUACAAAAAAUCCCUCUAAAAAAGCUCCUCAAUCAGCACUUUAUCUGUGAAGAUAGUUAAGUAUGAAUAGGCAUUGUUUUGGUUGUAUGGGAUCGAUUCAACAGUUCAACGCUAAAUUAUGGAGUUCCUUAUUUAUGAGCUGGGUAACAGGAAAUAACGCUCAUACCAUCAAAAGCUGUAACUGUAUUGUCUUUAUUUCUCUUGUUUUAAGUUAUUUCCUUUAUGAUUUUAUUUUUAUUUAUUUCAGAUAACGCCUACUUUCACUCGAGAAGCACUGUGGUUUGAUGUUUUCACCUCAAAGUGCAAUCUUUCUUCCUUUUUUCCAUAUCACAUUUUUGGGCAACGAUACGGGAAACGGGACCACAAGUCCAUCAGAAAGUAUUUAAUAUCUACACUCGCUUACAUUUUCUUUCUCUCUUUUUUUUUUAUUUGGUAAAUUAUUAUGUCAUCAUUUCAUUUAGUUAUUUAAUUUAAGAUGUUUUGGCAAUAACAAUGGGGUGUUGUGAAGUUUACAGGAUGUGCCUGCUUAUCAGGGGAGCCAUGCCUGCCGAUGGCGUGUGCACAGUGCUUCCAUAUAAGCUUUGGGACUGAAAACUGUGGAUCUCCCUAAUCACUGAAACUAAAUGAUGGGUCUAUUGUAUCGCUGCCUAUAAUGUAACCAUAGAAAAUUACACUAAUAUUUUAUAACUAAUUUAUGUAGGUUGACAAAAGAAUUCUAAUCACUGAAAAAUUGAAUAUUUUAUUAAGAAGCAAAAAAGAAUAAUUUUCAAUUUGGGACAACCUUUGUAAUAUAUGAAUUAUAGAGAAAUGUCUACUUAUGAAGGUUAUCACUCUCUAGCAGUCAGAGGUAUUUUUCAUAGGCAGUCUUAUGUUUAAUAUCUUUGUAACAAUGCCACUAAAACUAAAUAAAUUGCAAUGAUCAAUUUGAUUGUAUUCUGGAAGUCUGUGACUCGGGUUACACUAUGUUAUGAAAUACAUAUGUAAAGGGUUUUUCUGGAUAAAGCUGCAUAUAUUAUACAGUUUUUAUCACGCACUAAAACCCUGAAAAUGGAAUUGUUGCCUCAUGAAUUACAGAACAAGCCCUAUCAAAGGUGAUUGUGCUGUCGCCUGUGUGAACAGUUGAGGACACUAGAGAGUUGAUGUACAUAUCUCACCCUUUCUACAGCUGAUUCAGCAGCCUUUCUGGACCCUUUAGAAAUUAUGCAUGCAGGUCCUGUUUGUUAAAACUUGUUCUGAUUAAUUGUAUACUUUGAAAAGUGCAGAGUGCACAUCAGAAAUGUAUUAUUCGCUUUUUGCCUUUUUGAUUACGUUGAAAUCCAUCUGAUAUAUGUUCUUACGCCAUGAAGAGGGCACUGAAUUUUCCAAGCAAACGUUUGUUUCUCUUGUAUAAAACAUCAAAUCUCAUGAAGAAAUGGCAACAGUGAGUGUUUAUCAAUGUAAUGUAUUACAGUAAAGCUUUUUUUAAAUUUUAUUUUCAAAGAACGUGUCUUACUUUUUUGCCUUUUGUGUUGUACAUAUUUCUGCUUGAAUGGUCCUGCAGAGCAAACAAAGCUGCUUUAUUUUUUACAUAUUCACACUUUAACCUGCUGUUCAAAAACAGUUUCUUUCAUCCAAGCCAUUUUGACAGCCUGUCCCUCCAAAUAAUAAUAAUAAAAAAAGACAUUUUCUAAA